AGCAGCUGUAGAGUCCGUUGCGCACCGUAAAAUAGCAUGCAUCGAAGUCCGCUGCACAGGCGUGAAGCACCUAACAAUGGCGCUUCGAUGCAGCGCCUUUACUCUCCUCAUAACCAUUACAUGCGUCCAUGCUUCUCCGCAAGCGCUACCACGAUUUUGCCAAGCUCCGGUGAUUCAAGGACUGUGUCGCAUAUUAAACGUGUCAUGGCAUUUUCAAUGUCGCACCAAAAGUUGCCUCAUGCAGCCUAACGUACUCUGCAGUAGAGCACCAAGUGUUUUCUUAUCGCAAAAGUCGUGCUUGUUGGCCGCCAAACAGCUUGGUGCAAAAAAGAACCUGCAAGAUUGCAUGCAGAUGUCAACCGUUGGUGGUUGUCGACCAGAAAGCCACCAUUGGUAUUUUGACCAAUAUCAAAAGAACUGCAGAGUGUUCCACCACAGACAAUGUACCACACGCGGCAACUACUUUUUGACUGAGCAAAAGUGCAAGGAAAUGUGUCUGCGUCCACUAAAACCCAAGAUCCCGUCUCAAAAUAAAAUACCUCGAGGGACAUCACAUACGUUGAAAAAACAGGAAGCAAGAAUACAUUGAGGAUAAGUUAUAAUAAAUACUUCUUUUUUCC